AUGGAUUCUUCUUUUCUCCUUACCACACUUGCUGCUGCAGUUUGCUUCUUCACGUUUUUGGUUUCAUUAUUUUUCAUGGUUUAUAGAAAAUUCAGAUUCUAUCAAGAAAAUAAAGAUUUGGAUGAUUCUUCUUCUUCUUCUUCUUCAUCAUCGCCUUCAUCUUCUUUGUCUUCUUCAUCUCUUCCAUCUUCUUUCAAUUGGACGACUCAUCAUGUCUUUCCAAGCUUCCGUGGUGAAGACGUCCGCAGAAACUUUCUUAGUCACAUCCAGAAGGAGUUUCAGAGAAGGGGAAUCACUCCGUUCAUAGAUAAUGAUAUCAAGAGAGGAGAGUCCAUCGGUCCUGAACUUAUUCGGGCGAUUAGAGGAUCUAAGAUCGCUAUCGUCCUGCUCUCGAGGAAUUAUGCUUCUUCCAAGUGGUGUAUUGAAGAAUUAGCGGAGAUUAUGAAGUGCAAGAGAGAGUUAGGUCAAACAGUGUUUGCCAUUUUCUACGAAGUUGAUCCAUCCCAUGUCAAGAAUUUGACUGGAGAAUUCGGAGCUGUCUUUGAGAAAACUUGUGCGGGUAGAACAAAGGAGGACAUUGGGAGAUGGAGAAAAGCUUUUGCGGAAGUGGCCACAAUAGCUGGUUAUGAUUCAAGAAACUGGGACAAUGAAGCUGUCAUUAUUGAAGAAAUUGUCACCGAAAUUUCCAAAAGGUUGAUAAAUUCCAUACCAUCAAAUGAUUUUGAAGGUUUAAUUGGGAUGGAAGCUCGUAUGGAAAAGGCGAAACAGUUGCUUUGCCUAGGCUCAGAUGAAAGGAUGACUAUUGGAAUUUGGGGUCCUUCUGGAAUUGGCAAGACAACCAUUGCUAGGAUUCUAUAUAAUCAAAUCUCCCAUGGUUUUCAACUAAGUGUUUUCAUGAAAUUGAAACCUAUCUAUUCAAGAACAACUUGUUCUGAUGACCAUGAUGUGAAGUUGCACUUAGAGCAGCAGCUUCUAUCUCAGUUAACUAACCAAGAAGAUAUCAAGUUUCGUCAUUUAGGAACUGCACAAAGACUUUUGAUGGGAAAGAGAGUGCUUAUUGUUCUUGAUGGGGUGAAUCAAUCAGUACAAUUACGUGCCAUGCCUAAAGCUCAAUUCCUUGGACCUGGAUCUAGGAUUAUCAUCACAACACAAGAUCAAAAACUGUUAAAGACGUUCGGGGUCAAACAUAUCUACGAUGUGGAUUAUCCACCACAUAAUGAAGCUCUUCAAAUCUUCUGCAUGAAUGCUUUUGGUCAGGAUUCCCCUUAUAAUGGUUUCGAGAAGCUUUCUAUGGAAGUUACAAUACUUGUUGGUAGGCUCCCUUUGGGACUUAGGGUUAUGGGUUCUCAUUUACAAGGAAUGUGCAAGAAAGAAUGGGAAGUGGAACUACCAAGGCUAAGGAUUCGCCUUGACGGAGAAAUCGGAAGCAUUUUAAAAUUGAGUUAUGAUGCUUUAGAUGAGGAAGAUAAAUAUUUAUUUCUCCAAAUAGCUUGCUUUUUCAAUGAUGAAGGCAUUACUGAAAUCAUUGAAGGUACUCUUGGAAACAUAUUCUCGGAUGUGAGGCAAGGGCAUAGGGUCUUACUUCAGAGAUCUCUUAUAUCCAACCAAAUAAUGUAUCCGAUGCAUAAUCUAUUAGUCCAAUUGGGUAGAGAUAUUGUUCGCAACCAAUCGAUUUAUGAGCCGGGUAAACGGCAGUUUUUAGUUGACGCUAUGGAGAUUUCUGAAGUACUUACGGAUGACACAGGUAGUGAAAGUGUUAUAGGAAUAAAUUUGGACUUUUGUGAGAUCAAAGACAAACUAGAUAUUAGUAAGAGAGCUUUUGAAAAGAUGUCUAAUCUUCAAUUUUUAAGGUUCCGUAACUACGGUGAUAGUUGGAAGAAUGUGCAUUUACCACAAGAUCUAAACUAUCUACCUCCGAAAAUUCGAAUACUACGUUGGGAUAACUAUCCACUAUCAUGUUUGCCUUCUAAAUUUACUACAAAGUUCCUUGUCAAGAUUAAAAUGUAUGAUAGCAAGCUCGAAAAAUUAUGGGAAGGAAACCAACUGCUUAGAAAUCUCAGGGUGAUGAAUUUGUAUGGUUCUAGCAAUCUAAAGGAGCUUCCAGAUCUCUCAACAGCUACUAAUCUCCAAGAAUUAAAUCUAUAUGGAUGCUCAAGUCUUGUAGAGCUCCCCUCCUCUAUUGGAAACCUCAUUAAUCUUGAGAAACUGAUUCUUAUUGAGUGCUCAACUUUGGUGAUGCUUCCUUCAUCUAUUGGAAAUCUCCAUAAUCUCCAAAAAUUGGAUGCUAGUGAAUGCUCAAAUUUGGUGGACCUUCCUUCAUCUAUGGGAAAUCUUAUAAAUCUUCAAAGCUUGGAUCUUAGUGAAUGCAUAAGUCUGGUGAAAUUUCCGACCUUUAUCGUAAAUCUUAUUAAUCUCAAGGAAUUGAUCCUUAUUGGAGUAGUAUAUAUAGUGGAGAUUCUUUCAUCUAUUGGAAACCUUACUAGUCUCAAGAAACUGAAUCUUGUGCUAUGCUUAAGUUUGGUGGAACUUCCCUCAUCUAUUGGAAAUAUCACUAAUCUCCAGCAAUUGUAUCUUGCUGGAUGUUCAAGUCUAGUGGAGCUUCCUUCAUCUAUCGGGAAUAUUAUUAGCCUCGAGGAAUUGUAUCUCAGUGGAUGUUCAAAUCUGGUGAACCUCCCAUGUUCUAUUGGAAAUCUUACUAAUCUCCAAAUUUUGAAUCUCAAGGGUUGUUCAAAACUUGUGGAGCUCCCAUCCUCUAUUGGAAAUAUAACUAAUCUCUUGAAGUUAAAUCUCAAUGGAUGCUCAAGUCUUGUGGAGAUACCGUCCUCUUUUGGAAACCUUCGUAUGUUGACGAAGUUUAGCUUGGAAGGAUGCUCAAAGCUAGAGGUUCUUCCGACAAAUAUAAAUUUGGUAUCUAGCUGCUAGCUCGCAGUUUGCAAGCUUGCUAAGUUUUUUCUUUACAUUAAAUGACUUAUGUGUCGUGUAAUUUGAUCAUACAAGU